AGUAUACCGACUGGAAACACCGCGGAACACAUGGUUGGUAAUUUAGGUUCCUAGGCAAAGUGUCAAAUAAAACGAACAUUUUGAUAUUCCAUCGUGUUGACUGAUGUGCAACAUUCAUAUUAUUUUAGAUAGUAUUUAUUUUGCAGAUUGUCUUUUAUGCAUGCUUUCGGGAAUACUUUUCGUAUUUUGACGUGGGGAUGCAGCGGCAGUGUAGCACAUCACUGAAGAACGGCUAACCGCAGCAUCCCUGUAUCCCAUCAUCCUAAAAUGUCAUCUUCUUCUGUUUAUUUAAAAGAUAAACUGACAACCUGUCUGAUGUGCACUCCUUAAUUCCGUCUGGAAUUUUAAGUGUUUUGCUUAAGGAGGGAAAGACUUUGCCCACAUGGGCAGUGUUCUAGCUCUGUCCUCCACGCCAGGUCAGAAUUGGCCUUUCUCCACAGAGCCUGCUCCUUCUCGCUGGGAUGCACAUCCUGCACACUGGGACAGCCCUCCUCGCUGGGAGAGAAGAGAUGGGCGCCUACCUAACCCUGGUAGCUUUCACUCUUUGCACAGAAGCUGCAAAGAGGUGUUUCCUCAACAGAUUGAGGGAGUUAAGAUGAUUCUUAAUAAAACCUUGAGUAGUUUCUUUAAGGUUAGUCACACUCUUCAUCUUAGUGCUGUUAGUCCUUCCUAUUACCGAUUCCAUGUUGAGCAUUUGCAAACAGAUGAUAACAGCAAAGACAAGGAUGCCCCCGCAUUAAUUGGUGAGAUGGAUUCUUCAGGGAGUCUCAAUGCUCACGCUUUGUUGCAUUUAACUGAACGUGUCAGAGCCAGGACAGUCUUUCAGACUCAGCAAUCCCAGUUUGUAACAUGGCAGUUUGAAACAGAGUACAGGGGAAAUGACUUUACAGCUGCAGUGACUGUAGCUAAUCCAGACAUCCUCCGUGAGUCGGUCAUCCUUGUAGCACACUUUUUGCAGAGUGUUUCAUCAGGUCUAGUUUUAGGAGGUGAGCUUGUCUACCAUCGGGGUCGAGCAGAGGAAGGAGGUAUUCUGACUUUGGCUGGGCAAUACUCUAGGCCAAACUGGGUGGUGACACUUAAUGCUGGGAAGGGAGGAGCCCAUGCAAGCUACUAUCACAGAGCAAACAAACAAAUUCAAGUUGGUGUGGAGUUUGAAGCAAGCACAAGAACUCAAGAGACAACAACCUCAUUUGGAUACAAAUUGGAGCUCCCAGAGGCCAACAUGGUCUUUCGUGGAAUGGUGAACAGUCGGUGCAUCAUAGGAGGAGUGUUGGAGAAGCGUCUGACCCCACUUCCAGCCACACUCAUUAUGGGUGCCUUUGUGAAUCACAGAGGAGACAAGCUUCAAGUGGGCCUUGGUGUCAAUGUAGGAUGAUUUCACAAUUUGCAGGAACACUUUCAUAAAUUAAUUUAUGGAAGAAACUAUAUGACUUUUACGUGGAUAUCGAGAAUGGAUCCCCAUAAUGUAUUUCAGUUUCAGAUUUGCAUUGGGUCUACCUCUGAAACUGAAUAUUAUUUGUGGAAAAUUGGACCAUAAAGGACUUGUUUUGGCCAUAUAAAUUUAACUAAAAUAUGAUUUUAUUUUUUCAUUUUACUUUUACUUGUAUUAUAAUUCUUGCAUCUGAA